GGUACCUUUAUUCUCAUGCGUUGCUAUGUAUUUUUUAAUUUCAAUAUUAACAAUGUAAUCGGUUUGAAAGGUUUUUGUGUUUAGUGACAAAACUACGUUGAACAAAAUACAAUCAACGACUAAUUGAUAACCAUGAACACUCCAGCGGAGGUUCGAUGUAUUGUGUGUCAAUUAGUAUUUUGUUGCGCGAACUGCCGCCGCAAACACGAACAAACAGAACACAAUCUGACCUACGACUGCCCGAUUUGCCGCGGCAAACGCUUCCUCUGCCGCCCCGAGGACAUUAACCAGGAUCUGAUACAGCACCUUGCCGACGAGCACGUACCUCUUCAGUGCAGGAAGUGCAACAAACUGUUCAAAACUAUGGAAGAUCUUAUAGAUAUCGAUAAAUGUAUUACUAUAUCAGAAUUAGUUGAUGAACCUUUGCACAAAGAUGACGUCGCCGAAGUUAUAGAUAAUGAAUUCGACUCCCUAUAUCAUAAUGUUUUAAAUAAUAACGAAGGUGAAAAUAUCGCAGCUAUUGUAUCUAUUAACAAAUCCAAUAGAACUGCUGUAAUCACGCCACUGAGUAAAGGCCAGCAUUUAGUUGAUUACGAAUCGAGUGAUGCUGAAUCUGAAGGUAGUCCUAAAGUGCAGUUUAUGACAACUCCACAUCCUAAAGUAGCACCUAAAACGCCUGUUAGUAAGAAGUACUUUAGAUCUGCUACACCACACGUAAACAAAUACGUUCAGUUAAUGAGACAAAAAGCUAUUGAUGAUUACGAGGAAGCCAUAGCUAAGGAAGAGACAAACAUGUCACCGAUCAGUGGGGCCAUGUCUGGCGUCGACCGCUUGGAAGUUACAGACUCCCAGAAAGAGGUGACGACACCAACAUCCCAGUUACCACCGCAUAUGAUGAACCUGGUGCAGUCCGUGACGACCAGUACGCCCACGCACCCGGCGAGCGGCGGCUGGACUUUGUUCCACGAGCAAGGAGCGGAUUCACCUCUCUCAGAAAUUGAGAACACAGAAAGCACCGCUCAGACAAUGGAAAGCGAUACAAAGACGGAGUCAGAUAUUAUACAACCAAAACUGAAAAGUAUAAUCGCGACCGCAAGCCGUCACCGCUUCAGUAGCCAGGAAAGUUCCGAGAAGGGAAGCUUAACUGAAACAGGAAAUAACAGUACAGAGUCAUCACUAAAAACUAAAAAAGUUAAAUUCGCCCAAGAUACCGUUUUUGAACCGGAGCAAAAAGUGAAAAGAGUAUUUAGAAAGCCAAAAAGAAUGCUAACACCUGGACCUCAAAGACAACGAUUUUGCUACAAUCCUCGCUUCCAAGCUCUCGUCAAUAGAUUUGAAACUCAAGCAAGAACGCCGCUUAACAUAAAAGUCGAGAAAGAUCAAGAAACGACGCCACCUAUCGGUCAACACAAUAUGCAAGCUAGAGCAAUAGAUUUCAAAGAAGAAAUAAAUACCGAUGAGGUACCAAGUCAAUGUAAAGAUUCUAAGGAAUUAUUUAAAUCGUGCGUAGACACUCCAUCAAACCCAAUCGAUAACACUAUAACAACAGUCACCACAAACAUUGCAACUACUUUAGAAACAUGCAUCAAAUCCGCUUUGCGCACCACCGAGGAUGAAACGGAAAUAGAGUUCAAAUUCGUAAUAACAAAAAAGAAAGUCAGCGUAAAGAGGAUUGAAGAAGAUUGGGAGAGUACAGAUUUAAAAAAGAAUAAUAAUAAUAAAAAGCAAAUAGAACCACAACAAAAUAAAGAGAACAUUUGGUCAUCAGUUGCUCGGGCGAUCAAAAAUGUGUUUUGGAGCGAACAAGUUUGUUCAACGCCUGUCGGAUCGCUGGAUAGCAACGACUCGACAUCAUCUUCAGCCUCUAAACGCAAAUAUGAACAGAUGUCGGACUACAACCUGAGUCCGAUCAACCACAAACGAUACAAAUAUGAAGGCAGGAUCAACGGUCGGCCACCGCUCAGGCGCACCAAGUGUUGGGGGCUGCCCGGGAUGAGACCAACUACGCAAGAAUCGGGCAAAGAUUCACCGGAGUGGAGCCAGGAUUAAUUGCAUACAUUUUAAAAUAAGGAAGAAAAAAA